CGGGGCGUGGCACUGGGCGGAGCACCACGGCCUGCGUCCGCGCUUCUCAGCAGUGAGGGUGGGCGCGGGUCCCGGGAGGCGCUCGGCUGAAUACCGGAUAGAAAGCGAUUUGGGGAGCUCCAGCUGAAAGGAGCGAUCGUCAGGUUUGUUGGUGUUUUUUUUUUUUUCCGUGCACGAGGUCAAGUUGCUGCUCAAGGAAGCGAGAUGUCGAAGCCGCCUCCCAAACCAGUCAAACCAGGACAAGUUAAAGUCUUCAGGGCUCUGUAUACUUUUGAACCCAGAACUCCAGAUGAAUUAUAUUUUGAAGAAGGUGAUAUUAUCUACAUUACUGACAUGAGUGAUACCAAUUGGUGGAAAGGGACCUGCAAAGGCAGGACGGGGCUCAUUCCAAGCAAUUAUGUGGCUGAGCAGGCAGAAUCCAUUGACAAUCCACUGCAUGAAGCUGCAAAAAGAGGCAACCUGAGCUGGCUGAGAGAGUGCUUGGACAACCGAGUGGGUGUGAACGGCUUGGACAAAGCUGGAAGCACCGCCUUGUACUGGGCGUGCCAUGGAGGUCACAAAGAUGUGGUGGAAGUUCUAUUUACCCAGCCCAAUAUUGAACUGAACCAGCAGAACAAGUUGGGGGACACGGCUUUGCAUGCUGCUGCCUGGAAGGGCUAUGCCGACAUUGUCCAGUUGCUUCUGGCAAAAGGUGCAAGGACAGACUUAAGAAACAACGAGAAGAAGCUGGCCCUGGACAUGGCCACGAACGCUGCCUGUGCAUCUCUCCUGAAAAAGAAGCAGGGAACAGACACAGUUCGAACAUUAAGCAAUGCCGAGGACUAUCUUGAUGAUGAAGACUCAGAUUAAUUCCCUUCUGGAGCUUUGACAUCUAGAACUUCUUUUGCUUUUGCCAUUCCAAAACUUUGUUUUUGCCAGAAGAGUAUUGAUAACUGUACAAAAAAAUGUCUAUAUGGACAUGGCAGUGUUGCACUGUGAGUAGGAUGUAUAAAUGAAUAUCUCACCUUUGUUUUGCCAAUAAGUGGUAGGAAACUUUGCUGUGUAAAAUACAUUUAUAUUCACCAGAGUAGAACAAGAAGAGAUUAUUUCUAUUUAUCAAGCUAAAUGAAUUUUAAGAAUAUUUUGCCUUAAAAAGUCAGGAUCUCUCUCUCUUUCCCCUUGGCCCCUCUCGGUUUAGUUGAAGUUCUUUACCUCAAGGAUUGGGGUAUCUUGAAUGGAUUUUUUUUUAAAGGUUGGAUGCUUAUUAUAGUAACAGACCAAAAUACUUAAUAGAAAAUUGUCAGCUGUUCUGAUAGAAAUAAACAUUUUAAGAAACUUUA